AUCAUUGAUACCGACACAGACGUCUUCAGGAUCUGUCCCGCAUUUGUACUGUAGGAUGUAUCCGGUACACUAAAAGGCCAAGUUCUGUUACAGCCGGCGAACGUUCGGGAAAAUUAACGCAAUCCCUAUCCAUUUCUACCGCGAAAUCCACACCAGAACCGAGAUAGUGGUGAAAAGGGGAGAGAGGGGGCAGAACGGAAAGCGAACGCAACGGAAGAAGACGACCAGACGUUGUUCCAGAGAAUGGGAGAGAGGGCGGAAGAGGCGGUGGCGGUGUCGGUCCCGCUGCUGCGGCCCUCCUCGCCGGCGGGAUCGGUGGAGAGAUGGCGGGGACCAGAGGGACAGGCAAUGGGCGGUGGAGGUGCCACGUGGGCGCAGACCCUGGGGAACAUCGUGGUCUCCAUCGUCGGCACCGGAGUGCUCGGCCUCCCCUUCGCCUUCCGCGUCGCCGGCUGGCUCGCCGGCUCCCUUGGCGUCGCUGCUGCCGGACUUGCCAACUACUACUGUAUGCUUCUCCUUGGAGUAAGAAGGUGAGACCUGGAAAAAGGCAGACGGAAUCCCUGAGAACAAUAUCCAAAGGCUUGGUUUGUAAGGUCCAGUGCAGACAUAAGUUAGAAGAAGAUGAAGAAGAAAUAGACGAGCCAAGUCAAAUCCAAACUUACGGAGAUUUGGGUGAAAAGGCCUUUGGGUCAAUAGGGCGCUGUCUAACUGAACUUCUUAUCUUAGUUGCCCAAACUGGGGGUUCUGUAGCUUACCUAGUCUUCAUCGGACAGAACCUCUCCUCUGUUUUCUCUUCGACUAAGACCAAAGACUACCUGGUCUCACCUUCUGUCUUUAUUUUUCUUGUCCUCCUUCCUGUUGAAAUUGCCCUUUCCUUCAUCCGAUCUCUUGCCUCACUUGCACCCUUCAGUGCCUUUGCUGAUGCCUGCAAUGUUCUUGCCAUGGCUAUAGUCAUCAAGGAGGAUUUCCCACUAUUCAAUAAUCCCUUCAAGACAAGGAAUGCUUUUAAUGGGGCUUUGGGUUUACCAUUCGCAGCUGGGGUGGCAGUCUUCUGUUUUGAGGGCUUCAGCAUGACUUUGGCCUUGGAGAGAUCGAUGGCUGAAAGAAAGAAGUUUCAAUGGGUGCUCUGUCAGGCAUUUCUUGUGAUUUCUCUUGUGUAUAUUUGUUUUGGGAUAUUUGGCUACUUUGCCUAUGGUGAUGAGACUAAAGAUAUCAUUACACUUAAUCUUCCCAACAACCUGUCUUCUAUUGCAGUGAAGGUUGGGCUCUGCAUUGCUCUAGCAUUCACAUUUCCAAUGAUGAUGCACCCAAUUCAUGAGAUUCUCGAGGCAAAGCUGAAGUCAAGCAGAUGGUUUCAGAAGGCAUGCAACAAAGUCCAAGUUGCUGAGAGGCUAGGCUUGCAUGGGAUCCGCAUACUUGCAGUGGUGGCAUUGGCUGUGUUGGCUUCAUUUAUCCCAGGUUUUGGGUCAUUUAUAUCUUUUGUUGGAAGCACUCUGUGUGCCCUGCUCUCUUUUGUCCUGCCAGCUUCAUUUCAUCUCACCUUCCUGGGUUCAUCAAUGGCAUUAUGGCAGAGAAUGUUGGAUUACUGUAUACUUCUUGUUGGUCUGGUAUUUGCCGUAUAUGGAACAUAUGAUGCUAUCUCAGGUCAUUCCAUCAGUUCUUGAUACGACUUUCUUGGUCAGAGGAGAUCUCGUCAUCAGCUUGGGCUUUUGGCUUGAUUCCGUAGAAUGAAGUCACAGGGUGGCAGGAUAAACAGCAUUAGCUGGUUGCUGACAUGUUUACCGUUUACCAGGGACGACAUUCAUGUCCUUGGUAAUGUAAGCCUAUGUAGUUGUCAUUAUAGCUUGGCGGGAUGGCUGCAUGAGGCUUGUGUCAUCUUUUUGGAGAUAAAUAUAGGAGGGUCCAGUUUGUAGCAUUUCGCAGGAGAAGAUCUCUUGAACCAAUUGUCCCACCAGUCAAUUUUUAAUUAACAUUAUAUGUUGGGUUCUUUUAAUUAAAAGUUGGAGAGUCAAAAAAACUGACAUGAUUAACUUUGCUUUUAUCUGAAAGAAUUAACUUUGUGUAUUGUCUGAAA